GACGAAGAAGUUUCGAACACCGCUGUUGGCUACCCUGCAAGCUGAGUUGGAACUUGACAGUAAAACAAGUGAACGUGGAGAAUUCGCGCGGUGGGUUUUGUGAAUUUAUGAGUUGGAAAUAUUUAUAUUAUUAUUGAAGAAAUGACGUGUGUUGGUAAGAUGUACCGUUCAGCAUUUCUACUUCUGGUUAUCAGUGUAGCUCUGGCCAUUCCAAAACCAGAAGACAAAGAAAAAAAAGACAGAGUCUUGAACAAUGAUCUGAGUGAUCAGGAACAUUACCAGAAUGCAGAGCAUAAUACCCAGUAUGACCAUGAAGCAUUCUUGGGAGAAGAGGCAAAGACAUUUGAUCAGCUGUCACCUGAAGAAAGCAAAAGGAGAUUGGGUUUAAUAGUGGACAAGAUUGACAAAGAUAAGGAUGGUUUUAUCUCUCAAGAAGAACUUAAGGAAUGGAUACAAUUCACUCAGAGGCGAUAUAUUGUUGAUGAUGUUGAACGGCAGUGGAAGACUCACAAUCCAGACAAUAAAGAUAAAAUUACAUGGGAAGAAUACAAGAAGAUGGUUUAUGGUUUUAUGGAUGACAUGGACCCAUCAGAGUUGGAAAAAGAGGGUGAGGGAUUCUCCUACCAAAACAUGUUGCGUCGUGACCAAAGGAGAUGGGAUGUGGCAGAUGUAGAUGGUGACCGUGCUCUUACAAAGGAAGAGUUCACUGGUUUCUUGCACCCAGAAGAAACAGGACAUAUGAGAGAUAUUGUUGUAGUUGAAACCAUGGAGGACAUUGACAAGGACAAAGAUGGAAAGAUCUCCUUGUCUGAAUACAUUGGCGAUAUGUAUAGAGGAUCAGAAGGCGAAGAGGAGCCAGAAUGGGUGAAAAAUGAACGAGAACAAUUUUCCCAGUACAGAGACAAGGAUGGGGAUGGAUUUAUGGACAAGGAAGAGGUGAAGAACUGGAUAAUUCCACCUGACUUUGAUCAUGCAGAAGCUGAAGCAAGACAUCUAAUCUAUGAGUCAGAUUCUGAUGCAGACCAAAAACUGACCAAAGAAGAAGUACUUAACAAAUACGAUUUAUUUGUUGGCUCACAGGCUACAGAUUUUGGUGAAGCUCUUGCGAGACAUGAUGAAUUUUAAUUUAUAUUUCUUAUUUGCUUUUAGCUUAAAAAUUUACAUUUCUAGAUGAGAAUAUGCUGUCAGAAAUGUAUUUUCCUAACCAAGCAAAUAUGUGGACGAGCCUGGAAUUUGUGUUGUGCUGUGAAGUACUAAAAAUUGUGCAUUUCAGAAAGAAGUCAUUUGUUUAGUACUUAGUUAAAAUAGUUCAUUUCUUAAUUAACAUUUAUAGACUUUGAAAAUCAGCAUUUACUGAGUACUCCUGAGUGAAUUAUAAAAUCAUUGCAAGGCAUACCUCAUUUUUAAUGUGCAGGCGUGCCUUGAAAUAUUUCAGGUUGAGAAGAAAUUGCUGUACAGAUUGUACUGUACUGCUAACAGGUCCUAAGAUGUCUGUAUUUGAAUCUCAAUUUGGUGUGUGAAUUGUUACAAACUGGAAAAAAUAUUGUGAAGCAAGAAUUGGAAAAUCUUUCUCUAAUAAUGUUGAUAAAAUUGUAAAAUUGAAACAAAUUAUUUACAGGACAGCUGAAUCUCAUGUUAGUAAGUGUAUUAUUCAUUUAUAAAAUAAUACAAUUUUGUAAGCCCUUUACAGAAGGAAACUGUCACUAAAGUUGUGGCAGAAAGUAUGAUUGUAGCAAACGAAAUUCCAUGUGCCUGAACAAUAACAAGUACAUGCAUUUACAUGAAGGUAUUCUGAACUUCGUCUUAGUGCCUUGUCUUCCAUUUUAAAAGCUUGUUAUAAUGUUAGUCAUAUUGACUGAACUGAUGACUCUAGUGUUUGGUAGCUAUGAAACAAUGCUCUACAAAUCAUAAAAACAACUUCAGGUGUGUUAUUUUAUUUAGCCAUCCAUCAUUCUUGCACUAUAUGUUCAUUAUCAUAUGAAAGUGAUUCUCCUUUAAUUGUAUGUAAGAAACCAAAAAUUGUCCAGAAAAUUACUCAUCAAAUCUUUUUAUGAUAACCAAUCAUAGAAUAUUAAAAAAAAAAGUUAAAAUUUGUAUACUUUGUAAGGGCAGUAUAUUGGGAUGCAUUCACAUGACAUUGGUGGCUACUGUUUUAGUGCAAUUAUUGCCUUUCCAAUUAAGGAAAGGAUGUAGGUGGUAAUUUACUAUAGUGAGAGAAUGGUUGACACUGGGAAUGAUAUUCGCUGUUGGCAAAAGUGCAGUAGUUGCAGGUUAAUUCUCAAAGUUAUAUUACUUUAAAUAUUUCAAAGCAGAGACAGAGUAAAAGUAAAAUGUUUGGAAUCCAAACUGACUGGUCUGCAUUACCAAUGUCAAAAUUGGUUGUUGCUCUCCUGUGUGUAAACUGUUAUGAAAAGUGAAGUAUAUUUCAUGUCUCUUGUGUAAAGGUUAGCGAUGGAAAUGUCGUGUGACGAGGGCCUCCCGUCGGGUAGACCGUACGCCUGGUGCAAGUCUUUCGAUUUGACGCCACUUCGGCCACUUGCGUGUCGAUGGGGAUGAAAUGAUGAUGAUUGGGACAACACAACACCCAGUCCCUGAGCGGAGAAAAUCUCCGACCCAGCUGGGAAUCGAACCCGGGCCUUUUGAAUUAGCAUUCCCUCAUGCUGACCACGCAGCUUUACGUAAUUUAGAUCAACUUUUACCAGAUUUGUGAGAGGCUGGUUUAGUUGUCAAUUUACUUAAAAUUCACACUUGUUAGCCACUGGUAAGUGUUUGAUUCUGUACAACAUUACAACAAUUUAAAAUAUCCCUUUUUUAAGGAAAAAUCUUGUGUAACUUUAACUUCAGGUUUAUAUUUAUUUGUUAAGAUAUGUUUGUGCCAAAGCUUACAAAUAGAGAAAAUGGAAGUGGAAGUAUGAAUGUUAUAUUGGUGCUGUGUAUAAUAUAUUUAUAGUUUAAUUAGUUACUGUUUUCUACUUUUUUAUUUCUCUUUUUAUAUGUUAUGUAUCUUGUGCUAAAGAUAUUGUAUAAUUUGUGCUUUAAAUUUCAUUUUAUCUGGAAAUAAGAUUUCCUGUAUUACUGCCAUUAAUGUAACAGAUAUAAUUACAGGAAAAUACUUACUAUUUUUA